AUGUUCCGUGCGCUGUCAAAGAGCAGCACCAUCGUCGCUGCAUUGGCACAACGCCAAACCGCCCAGCAGACCCGUGUCCAGGGUCUUGCUGCCUUCCACAGCUCUGCCACCCGUAAGGACAGCGCCUCAGACCUCCUCAGCAGCCUCGCCUCUUCCUCCUCCAACAACAACAGGAACAACAACAACAACAGGACAAGCAGCCUCUUCGGAAACUCUCGUAGCAACAACAACAACAGCCGGUCAGACAUUUCCCUGUUCGGUCUUUUGCCUCCCAAGGCCAACACGACCGCCAACCCUAUCCAUCUGGACACCAACCACCCCACCGAGGGCCGCUCCUUCAGGGUCAACUCUCCCGCGACGAUCGAUCAAACCUAUAGACGUUUGAGGUCGGCGGUAAACCAGUCGAACAUGAAGCGGGAGUUGAGGUUGAGGAGGACUUAUGAGGACGGUCAUACUAGGAUGAGACGCGAGAACCAGGAACGGAACAAGAAGCUCUUUGGUGCCAUGGUCCGUAAGAAGAUUGAGCUCAUCAAGCUCAUGAAGAUUCGGUGA